CACCUCUUAACCAACUGAACAGCAGGCUGUACACUUAACUAGCCUGGAGCUAAAAAAGGCCCUGUUCUGUGUGAGAGGGAAAUUGCAGUUGCAUCAUCACUAUCACCCUGACAAUAUGACAGACCAAGGCUGAAUCCUGGUAGGGAGCUGCUUUCCUCAUUGUGGUCCCAUCAAAUGUCAUGCCAGACUCAUGUCCUGUUCUGACUGGCCUGUUAAGCCGCAAAAAUAUGCUACCUUUAUAUAAGCUUUAUAUAGGAUUCUGGCUGCACUUGACCAAGCGGGCCAGGGGAGGCUAUCAGUGAUCAUCACUGGAGCAGGAUGUUCUUAGGGACAGUAGAGGCUGCCACCACCAUAUAAUGUAUAGAACAGUGGUGGGGAAACUUGGCACCCUCCAUAUGUUCGUUGUUGGACUCUUGCCCCCAUCAGCUGCAGCCAGCAUGGUCCAUGGUCAUGGAUCAUGGGAGUUGUAGUCCAACUGCAUUAGCUGGAGGUGGUGGGGAGGCACAGGUUCCCCAGCCCAAUAUAGGGGCUUGCCAGGAGUUCUUUUAUUGGCGGCUAAAAUAAGGAAACGAUUUGCAGUAGCCUUGGUGAGAGAAUAACCGGUAGCUGCACAAGUAAUGUCAGUUUUGGAGCUCCUCCUUUGCCAUCCAGCGUGUUUAUUUUUGUUUUCCACCCUACUGCCUGAGGCGGGUGGGAGGAGCUAGAGAUGGGACUCAGCUUGUCAUCAGAGGAGAAUAACUUAGGCUUCUGUGGGGAGCAGGUCUGGGUGGAUCCUGCCUCCUUGUUGGGAGUUGCUUCUUCCUGCUGAAGCAUCUCCUGCAUUUGGACUCUGCUCUGGCUGGUGCUGGCAUUCCACUUGUCGUUAAAUCUCCAUGGCAACAGCACAGGCUUCUCAUGUGACCUGUGACCCUGGCCAUUGUCUUUUUGAUCCUUACUCUCUGGAUUCCGAGCCCGAAGACGGCAGCAUGGGCAGCGUGGGCAGCCUAGUAGAGAAACAGGAUUUCUUGCCAACUGCUCCGGGAGGUCUGCGCGGCAUGCGUCAGCCAGAUGGGCUGCUCCGGAAAGGAAUGUCACAGCGUGAAGUUUUUGGCUACUUGCAUGGGGGCAAGCGGGCUGAGAAGAAGCACCAGUCAUCCGGAGGUGGCUUUAAAAGGGACUAUGAGAGUGACCGGGAGAACCAGUCCCCUGAGCGGUAUUUCCGGGACAAUCAACGGGCAGCUGAUUUCUCCAAGAGCUCCUUGCCUGAACGUGGACGCUUUGACAAGUGUCGGAUCAGACCCUCUGCCUUCAAGGUGGUGUCUGGGAAGAGCUUGUUGUCCAUGCCGGGGUUGUCAUCAGCCAAAGGCCAGAAGCUGUCCAAGAGCAACGGGAGCCUGCACACGCUGCUGACCCAGAGCAGCACCAGCAGCUCCUCGCAACGCGGCCCCCUCCGCAGCCACCUGCUGCACACCAUCAGCCUGGACGAGAGCACCAACUCUAUCCAAAGCUUCCCCACCUACACUCCCCGUUUCAAACCUGCUCCAACCCAGCUCAGUGCUUCCGUAGGCCACAUCAACCACAUUGGUGGUUCCUUAGACAGGACUUCUCGGGGGCCACGGGACCCUUUGGCUGUAGACAAAGCACCUCUGUCUUGCAAGAGCCUGAGCCGCCUGCAGAGCUCUGGGGAACCACCCCCUCCAUAUGAACCCACAUACUCCUUGGAAGAUGUGGUGAAGCAGCUCGAGGACCGGCUGACUGAGAAGGGCAUGGAGCUCCGCCAGCUUAAGAGAAAUCUGAGUGAGAAUGAUGAUCCCUUCACACAGAUGUUUGAGGACAAACAGCGCUUGUGGAUGGAUGAGCUGGAUGAACUGAAGCAGAUGUAUGUAGCCAAGCUGCAGCAAGUGAUGCAACAGGCCCAACGCAGCCAACGGGCACUUCAGCUGCAGCUCUACAAAGCUCAGCAGGAAAAGAAACGGCUGCAAGAAGAGCUGGACCUUCAGCAGAGGCAGUGCGAGGAGCUGAGGCUGCAGCAGCAACAGGCAGAGCGCCUGAGCCCCAAGUUGGAGGAGACCCAGUGGGAGGUCUGUCAGAAGACUGCAGAGAUUUCAUUGCUCAAGCAGCAGUUCCGAGAUGCCCAGGAGGAGAUAGCCCAGAAACUGGGUGAAAUCUUCAGCUUGAAAACACAGCUGCGGGAGGUCCGAACAGAGCUGCAAGCCAAGGACUCACAACUGGCACAGCUGGGGGACUCUUUCCAAACCUUGCCAGAGCGCAGCUCCCCCGUUCCUCCACGGGACUCUCCCAUGCAAGCAUGCCAGGACUUUUUGGGUUGUGAAACAGAUGACUCUAAAAGUCAGGGGAUGCAGGGGGAGAGCGCCGAGAGCGCCGAGUGGCUAUGGGGAGAAUUGCUGCGCGAGAGGCGCCAGGCCCAGCUGCAAGCUGCAAACUUUGAGCAGGAGCGGAAAACUUGGCAAAAGGAGAAGGAAAAAGUCCUGCGCUAUCAGCGGGAGAUUCAGGCCGGCUAUAUGGAGAUGUACUACCGGAACCAGACACUGGAGAGGCAACUAAGUGAGUUCCGGCAGUUCCAAGCUGAGCCCAGAAGUAUCAGCUCAGAGCCACCUUGGAUUGAAAGAGUUGAGUCCUCAAAGAUCUGAACAGUAUGCAAGGGGCUCUGUGCUGGAAUUACAAAGGGGAGAGGUACCACGCAGCAGCAUGGACCUUAGGGUUUUGGUAGAAGAAGUGGUUAAACUAAAGGGCUGGUUAAUCUCGCCCAUAGAGGAUUCUGAAGACUGCUGCUGUCCAUGGAAUGGAAUCCCAGCAUUGCACCUGGCAUUUUCUGUCCGUCCAGGUAGGCCUUUGCCUCCCUGUCUUGGAGGGCAGAAUGCUUUCCUAUUGUGUCCUGCUUUGUGCCCACGCUGGCACAUGUUAUUGUGGAACGUGAACGGCCACGAUUGGGAGCUGUGGCCCUUCUUGAAAAGGUCUGAAGAAGAAUGUGCAAAGGAUGGUGCCACCAAGUAAUGAGCCCUUUGUGGAGCUUUGGCUGUGUCUCCUCACAACUUGAAACUUGGCCUGUUGCACUGAGAAGCAGCGGCGGAGCAAGCUUACAAUACAAGGCACACACCACUGAGGGGUGCCCCAGUUUUGGAUUUGAAAGUUCUGGGCCAGAGUGAUGAGUCCUGAAAUGGAAGUUCUACCUGGCAAUUCCUGGAAUAAAAAUCUGCCUGACA